UUUUGAAGCCCCAAAAAAGCUCAUCCAUUCAUCAAAAAAGUAAUCCAUACAGCUCCAGGGGGUUAAUAAAGGCCUUCUGAAGCGAAGCCAUGUGUUUUUGUAAAAUAAAUUUCCCUAUUUAUAACUUUACAAACUAUAAUCACUGGCUACCGGUAAUGGCCGUCUGCACAUUCACAAGAGAGUCGAGUUCCGGCGUAUGACGUAGGCGUAGCGUAAGCUCCGGUGAGAAGUGACAAACGCGGAAGCGCACGUUGUUUACAGCAAAGGAAAUUGGCGAAAAGAAGUGAGUUGUUUUAGCUAUACUGUAGAUUUGUAUUAGUCUUAAAAUGGUGUGUUCGUGCAGUAAUUCUAAUCGUCCAUUCAUGGCAGCAAACACUCUCCGCCUCUGUUGGCAUUACCUCGCAUUUCCUGCAUGAGCAACACCACGUUUCCCGUACUCUUCGUCUUCCAGAUUCUUUUUUUUGUGCCGCUGCUGCAGCCUCCUCAAUCUCCUGGAUGGUGUACUCCGGUUAAAACAAAUAGGGCUGGGCAAAAACCUCAAUCUCCUCCUCUCUUAUAUCGAAAUCUUCUGACAUUUUUCUUUAAAAAUCCUCGUUGUUGUCUUCUAAUUCGUGACUGGCAUUUUGUUUUGCUCUAUCCUCUGCGCUUCCACGUUCUUCACUUCCCACAGAAGGUACAAUUCACUCCCAUUAUAAAGCUUGGAAGAGUUUAGAAUAACAAAGAGUUUUGUUAUUUUUAAAAUGCAUCAUAUUUUACACUAUACAUGUAAUUGUUAAUCUACAUUAUUCCACGUGUGUGAAUAGACACUCCGUCUAACUCGUCCCUCGAAGUUUGUCUCGCAAAAUUGUCAUGAAUUUGGUGUGAACUGGACUUAACAGUGUGCUGUGCUCCACCUGCUGAGAAUGAGAGUGACUAAUAAACAUGGAGAAAGAUAAACACCUUGAAUGGGACAAAUCAAACACAGGAGGAGGAACUUAUUAAAAGAGAGCUGAUGAAAGAGAAAGAGGAAAGUGAGGAACUGAAGGAAGAGGAAAAACAUCAGUCUCAGAAACCUGAUGAUUUCAUAACUGGAGAAAAAUCUUUUAGUAGCCCACAGACUGAAAAGAAACGCUCAAGAAAAAGAACUCAAAAAAGAAAAGACCAAAAAUCUUACAAAUGCCCUCAGUGUGAAAAGAGUUUCACACAUAAAGGAAACUUAAAAAGCCACAUGAGAAUUCACACUGGAGAAAAGCCUUUCACAUGUCAUCAGUGUGGAAAAAGUUUCAAACGUAAAGAAAUUCUUAUCAAGCACAUGAGAGUUCACACUGGAGAAAAGCCUUUCACCUGCUCUCAUUGUAUGAAGAGUUUUGCAGAUAAAAGCAACCUUUUUAUUCAUCUAAGAAUUCACACUGGAGAGAAGCCUUUCAUCUGCUAUCAGUGUGGAAAGUGUUUUGCACACAAAGAAGUUCUUAAGCGUCACAUGAGAAUUCACACUGGAGAAAAGCCUUACACAUGCUCUCAGUGUGGAAAGAGUUUCAGAGAGGCACGUAAUCUCAAAAAUCAUCUGUCCUUGCAUUCUGGAGAAAAGUCAUAUAGCUGUGAUCAGUGCGACAAAACAUUUUCUUCAGCAUCAGUCUUAAGAAAACACCGGAAGAUUCAUCCAGUUGAGAGGCCGUACAUGUGUUCUCUUUGUGGAAAGUGUUUUUCACAUCUGAACAAUUUAAAAGAGCACCAGAGAAAACACACUGGUGUGAGGGAUCAUGUGUGCUCUGAGUGUGGUAAAGCUUUUUACAGAGCUUAUGACUUGAAACGUCACAAAAGAAUUCACAGUGGAGAAAAACCUUACAAGUGUUCAUAUUGUGAAAAGAGUUUCAGUCAGUCAGGAGUCCUAAUAAAACAUGAGGGAAUGCAUGCUGGAGAGAAGCAGUACCACUGCACUUCAUGUGGGAAGAGUUUCAUCCAAUCAGGCUCUCUACAGACUCAUAGAAAAAGCAUUAUCCAGGGUUGUCACAGAAAGAUACAACAAUGCGUUGACACACACAAGGCCAAUAGUUGAGAGGACGAUCGGUCAGCUUAAACGGAGAUUUCACUGUCUCCACAGCGAACUGCGCGUUGAGCCUCCAAGGGCUUGCAAAAUUAUUGUCGCCUGUGUUGUUCUUUUUAACAUGUCCAAAAUGUAUUCUGCCUUCGAAGAGGAAGAUGAUCUCAAAGAAGAGGGUCAUGAAGCAGAAGAGGCUCGUGAAGCAAAUCUUCUGCAACAAGAUUUCCAACAGGCUGGAUUUGAUGAUCAGUGAUGCCAUCGUAAAUGCAUUCUUUAAUUAGUAGGCCUAGUAUGACCAAUAGUUGUAGUAGUAGGCUAAUAUUUAAAAAAAAAAAAUUAUUAGCAGCAGUAGUAAUAUUAAUAUUAAAAUGUAUUAUUAGCCUAUUACAAUAAUUAUUAUUAAUGUAAAUGAUACAAUAUGUAUAGUAGGCUAGCAGUUGCAAUUUAAAGUAAUGUAAUUUAUAGGCAAGUGCUAUUUAGUAUUAAUAUUAUAUAUGAAUGUAUUAUAUAUUUUAUAUAUGCUAUAUUGUAUUUUGCUAUUAUUAUUGGUAUUUUGUUAAUAUAUCUGUCCUUGUAAUUACAUAAAUAAAUACAAAACUUUUCAGAUCUGUC